AUGGCUGGAACGAUCAUCUUCACUGGGGCCAACACCUCGCUGGGAAUUCCUGCUGCAGAACACAUCCUCCGCCUCUGUCCGCAACACACGGCCAUUUUCACUGUGAGGGAUGACUCGACCUCUGACCCAAACACCAGAAAGCUCCGUGAGACUAUCGCCCGCUACCCGCAAGCAAAGACUUCUGUUCAUGCCCUCGACCUCGCCAGCCUGUCCUCCACCCACGCCUUCACGGACACUGUCAUAUCCGGUAUCAAAAGCGGCCAAUACCCGCCACCCUUUGGGCCCACUGGCCGGGUGGUACUCCUCUCGAGCGACUCACACCGGCCCGGCAAGAACGCCAUGGAGAAGUAUGCUCCCUCCAUCCCUAGCAAUUUGGAGCUACUCGUAAAGCCUUCUAUAGACGACGACAAGAUGGGACGCGGCUACCAGAGAUAUGCAACUGCCAAGCUCGCCAUCACUAUGUGGAUGUAUGCGCUGAACGAGCAUCUCCAGGAGGACCCCAUCCUCAAGAACAUCACCACCGUGGCAAUCAAUCCUGGUCGUCUCCCGUGCAUUGCGCAGCCAUACUCCAAGGAGCAUGUCACUCAUGCAAACCUUCGUCUACAAGCCCUUGCUCCCAGUCCUCAAGCUCUCUAUGGGUCCUACCCUACGCACCGCAGCCCCAGCUCGCGUCGACGUAGCUGA